CGAUUCCGAUUCCGGUUCCGAAGCGGGAAGCGAACGUCCGAUGAAGCUUCCGUGCAACGUAGAUCAAUACUAUUAAAACAGAAGGCCCUUUUUUUAGGUGACCUUCUGUUUCAGCAAUAUUUACAAAAUCAUGCCACUGGCUUAAUUAAAACCAAUGUUUUUAUUUAAUUCUGAUUUUUCAAAAUUCUUUUGAUUUAAAUAGCAACCCCUACAUUUAAUUAACAAUGCCUUCCUAUCGGGUUAUUUAAACAGCAACACCUACGUUUUAAACAACUUCAAUUGUUAUAAACAGCAACACUGAUUUUCAAUUCUUAUACAGUAUACGUACAUAACAUCUUUGUAUAUUGAUUCUGUUUUUCCAUCAACACCAAAGCUUGAACGUUUAUUGGAAUCUGCAAACUACUAAUAAAAACAAUACAUUCUGUUAAUACCAAUGUAUCUGUAUCGACCAUUCAUCACUUCGAAUCCAUGUUUUGGUUACAAAAGAUUACACCAGAAAACAUACAUGUUGCAGUAUUCAAAAUCAUGAAAAUCUAACACUUUAUAGUAUUAUUCGUAAGCUUGCAUUUUUAUAUGUAUAGUAUGUGAUACAAACGAACCCAUAAACCCCAGAUCCUUUUCAGUAUUUUAAUUUAUUAAAAUAAAGCAAUAUCAUAAAUACCAAUCUUUUUUGGGUUUAAAAACGAUAAAUAGCUAUACUAUCAAAUAAAAAGCAAAAAUUUAAGCAAAUAAACUAUUUUUUUUUCCGAAGUUGCUUAAAUAACAAUAACCAACAUAUUAAAUCAUAAAUACCUGGUCAAGUUUUAUAUUUUCAUCUUUAAAAUAUCAAUAACAACCAAUCAAAACAAGAAGCCACAAAAUUUGGUAACUUAAAAGUUAAAACUCUAUCAUGGAAUAAAAUUUUACAUAAUAAAUACACAUAAUUAGUAUCCUCACGGGAUUAACCACUGUGCAAUAUAUUCAACAAAAUUAUUGAAUUUUCAAAGUUUUUUUCAAAUCAAUAACCAAAAAUAUAAACCACUAAAUCAAAAGCUAAAAAUUUGGCAAAAAAAACUAGAUUGGAAGGAAUACAUAACCAUAUCGAAUAAUCAUAAAUACCAAUCUUUUUCAAAUCAAUAACCAUAAGUAACUAUACCAUUAAAUAAAAAGAUUUCAUUUAAGCAAUUAACAAAAUUUUCGGAAGCUGCUUAAAUAUCAAUAACGAAUAUACAAAAUCAUAAAUAACUGGUCAAUCUUUAUAUUUUCAUAUCUUUAAAAUCUUAAUAACAACCAAUCAAAACAAGAAACCGCAGAUUUUGGUAAUUUUGAUCUAUAUUAUAAUAAACCGAAUAUCUAAUUUGUAUAACUUGAAUAAACUUGAUUCACAAGAUAUAUAUGAUUUGAAAAUAUAUAUAUAUAUAUAUAUAUAUAUCUAUAUAUAUAUAUAUAUAUAUGAUUUGAUUAAACUCACGGCAAAUAUUCUCUAACAACAUUGAAUUGGAAUAUCCUAAACCCACGACCUUUUCUUUUGCUAUAUAUACAGCAUUUUAACCUGAAAGCAAACACACAGAUUUCAAAACGUUUCACAAAAUCACACAUAAUGUCUUCUAAGAAAAAGAUGGUGUACCUUGAUGAGAGAUUAGGCCAUGGAAAACAAUUUGGUUGAUUGAAGCCAAAGUCAUACACACCUGAAAACCAUCCAAUGUCGGGUUUGGUGAGACUUUAGAGAUCAUAUUUGCAGACAAAAAGGUAAAUGAAGAGACAUUUUGAAUUGAGUAGUAAUAUAUUACCUGAUUAAUGUUAGCUACUAUCUCAUGCCAUCUCAGAAUUAUCCUAAUCUCCUUAGUUUAUUUCCUUACAUUUCUAUAAAUACUUAUUUAAUUUUUUUAUUGUAGGAGGAUCUACAAUUUUAACAAACAGGAGUUUAUUUAAUUGUAUACCUUUUGAAUGUUUGUUUCGGACAAACUCAACACCAUGUUUGUACGGCUUAAACUUUAAAUAAAUUAUUUACUUAUAAGUCAUCGCAACAUGUUUCCAUCUCAUCUGAAUAAGAAAUAAAAUCAUCGUAUUCAACAUACAAAACAGAUUAAAAAAAAAGUUAGUUCUGAAAAUACAAUAUUUAAAAGAGAUAUGGAUGAAGAAGAGAAAAGAAAAUAACAAUGGAUUUACCUUUUAGGGAUCGGAUGAAGUGUUACUUUCGGAAAUCACCAUCUUCUUCAGUUCUUCUCUUUAACCAAGAGGAACCGACAGCUGAGAGAGUGAAAUGUUUUUAAUGAAAUCUGAAGAAAAACACAUGUUUAUCGGUUCCUUUAAUGGGCUUUAGAUUAAAAAAAUCUCAAGGCCCAAACUAAAAACACAUCUUUAAUAUAUAACCACUACAUUAUAUUUAUAAUAAUUAUUUUAACUGAAUUUAUCUAAUUUAUUAAUUUAUUUAAAAUAAAUAUUUAAUUGAAAUGAUCAAAUUUUAUUUAGUUAAUUAAUUAAACAUCAUAAAAAUUAAGUGUAAAUAUAUUACUAACAUUAUAUUUAAAACAAAAACAAGCCUAUUAACCGGAAACAAAAAUAACUAUAUUUGAAGAAAAUAUAAUUUUAUAAACUAACAUAAUAUUUUUUUUAAUAUCGAAUAUUAGUAAACAAAAUUAAAAUUUUUAAGUUCCUUAACAAGAAAAAAAAAGGAGCCAAAUCGCUGAAGGUACCAAAUGGAUGUACAAGCAAAUGAACACAAACCUUUGGAGUUUUUGUCUAUUGAAUCACCAAAUCGAAUGAGCUCACCAAGGUCUUUCUUUCAAUGCAUCCGAACAACUUCUAUUUCAUCGGAUCUAUUAUAUUAUUUAAGUCAUCGUAGGGACAUGCAAACCAAAUAAAAUAAGCUUUGUGUAAGAAUUGAUUUGAGUUCAACUCUCUACCGAGGAUAAAGAAAAUAGAGUAAAAGGUUUACCUCGGAGAUGAGGUCGAUUCGUGGAAGACACAACUCAUUGCUUGCUUCAAUCGCCUUUUGAGAGUUUGAUUUUUUUUUUGUAACCAGAAAGUUGUCUGAAAAUGGUAAAAAUAUCUGGAGUCUAUCGGGUAGAAGCUAGAAUUAGUGUGAGCUUGGGCCGAUUUUGAUGAAAUCCUUAUGUAAAAGAAUUUGCUUAAGAAAAAAAAUAUAAAUUACAGCCCAUCUUGAUAAUUUUAUGAGCUAAAUUAUAAUCAAGCCAUAUUCUGGCCCAUUUAAAAAAAAAAAAUAACAAUAACAUAUCAAAUAAAAAGAAUUAAAUUAUAAUUAAUUCAACAUUUAUAAUGUACUAAUAAUAUAAACAUUCAAAGUUUUUUAAAAAAUAAACUAUAACAUUUUUUCAAUUUUAUUGUAAUUAAUAGUUAAGAUAAAUAUAUGUUAUCCUAUAUCCUACAAAGAAAUACUGAUCAAACUCUAUUCCCAAGUAAAACUUUACCACAAAUAAAUAUUAUAUGUGUACAAUAUAAUUUAUUCAUAAUUUAAAAUCUGAAAGGCAUAGAAAUCAUAAUUUACCUUAACUUUAAGUUAACAAAUAAAAAAUCAAUACUAUUAUAGUAGAUUGAUAUAUUGUUAUUAUGUGAAAAAUUUAAUCUCUUAUAAAAUACAAGCAAAAUAUACAUAUUUAGAUAUGUUAAUAUAACUGAAAAAAUUCUCGCACUUUCAUAAUAUAAAUGCUAUUGUUUGCUAUCUUAUUAUACCCUAUUUAAAGAAAAAAAUGAAAAAAAAAUUCAAAAUGUUUUAUUUUACUUUAUUGGAAACAAUAAAUCUGAAUAGAAAUGCAACCAGAACCAAAAUAGUCGAAACUAUAUCAGCUUCAUAUUAUAUCCAGAUCCAAACGUAAAACCAAACAAUUCAAACACUCUAACCAAACACAACUUUAUACAUAAACAAAUGGUUCAUAUAUUUUAAACCACAAAACCCAAACACAACAACUAAAACAAAAAUUAAAAAUCAAUAUAAAUAAAUCAGAACUAUACUGAAAACCGAAUGUCUUGCCAAAACAUAUGAAUCAACAAACAUUCAUGUUAAUAAAAUUGUCAAAAAAAAUUAUCCCGCGCUUUCAAAGCGCGGGUCACUAUCUAGUAUUUAAUUAUAAUCUUUUGUAUAUUUUUCAGAUAACAACAAAAUAUAUAUAAGAAUUAUCUUAUUUUUCAAAUUUUUGAUUGCUAAAGCAAAAGUUGAAAGCCGUGUAGAAGCAUCAAACACACUCGACUUUUAUGACUUGAGAAGUUGAUGAGGUACAUAUGAUAUUCUAUUCUAUUUAUUUUGCUGAGAAAAGUCGAUGUAUUAUUAGAAUUAGCGCCAAAUCAUAGAAAAGUAUUACGCGUUUUUCCUCUAAUGUUUCUCUAAAAAGGCAAGUGGUUUAUCUUUAAUCACAUGACAUGCAAUGGACCAACCUGCCAACUAGGAAUUAAUAUAUCAUUUUAUCUUUUUUUUGAAAAAAAAAUAUAUAUAUAUAUAUUAUAUCAUUUUAUCUUGGGGUCAGAUAAGUUUUCAUUUAUAACGUAACCUGAAUUUUACGCUGGUUUGAAAUAUGUAAAUUUUUAACACAUGUUUUGAUGUCAAUAGAGAAAAGAACAAAGAAAAAUCAAUGAAGACUUUCAAAAUAUGAUUCAUUUGUAGAAUUUUCUUACACAAACAACGCAGACAAGUCUCUUCUACUUCACAUGACUUAUCAUUGUGUAUUAAGUAUAAUAUAUAUACAUGCAUUAGUAAUAACACAAUAAGAAUCUCGAUCUUUGUAAGUAUAUAGUAUUUCUUAAAUCAAGUGUUCGUUGGAAAAUGUUCCACUGAAAUAACAGCUUCUUUAUCUUCUUUAGUACAGAUUCUUGGACACACAACUAAGAAAAUGAUGAGAUCCUGUAGAUUUUCUGACACAAGUCAUGUCUUCACUCUUAUGUUCAUCUGUUUCAUCACCCUGUUCUCUUCUUCCGUCCUCGUUCAGGGAAAGAUCCGGCGAUUCAAGUGGGAAGUGAAGUACGAGCUUAAGUCACCAGAUUGUUUUGAGAAGCUAGUCAUUACAAUAAAUGGGCAGUUGCCAGGUCCUACCAUCAAAGCUCAACAAGGUGACACCAUAAUUGUCGAGCUCAAGAAUAGCUUCAUGACUGAAAAUGUUGCUGUCCAUUGGCAUGGAAUCAGACAGGUUGGGACACCAUGGUUUGAUGGAGUGGAAGGUGUUACUCAAUGUCCAAUUCUUCCUGGAGAAAUCUUCACAUACCAGUUCGUCGUUGACAGACCUGGGACAUACAUGUAUCAUUCACACUACGGAAUGCAGAGAGAAUCUGGAUUAAUAGGAAUGAUUCGAGUUUCUCCUCCUAGUACAGAACCUGAACCGUUUACAUACGAUUAUGACCGGAGCCUUUUGUUAACCGAUUGGUAUCACAAAGGCAUGUCCGAGAAAGCGACUGGUUUAGCAUCCAUACCCUUUAAAUGGGUCGGUGAGCCACAGUCGCUUAUGAUACAAGGAAGAGGAAGAUUCAACUGCACAAACAACAUGAUGACUCCUCAGCGCUCGGAAGCUGAAGUAUGUAACGCUUCACACGCUGAUUGUUCACGUUUUGUCCUCAUGGUGAUCCCCGGGAAGACAUACCGGCUUCGAAUCGGUAGUUUGACGUCUCUCUCUGCUCUCAGUUUCCAAAUCGAGGGACAUAACUUGACGGUAGUUGAAGCCGAUGGACACUACGUUGAACCAUUCACUGUGAGGAAUCUCUUCAUAUACUCCGGAGAAACUUAUUCCGUGCUUCUCAAGGCAGAUCAAAACCCUAGCCGGAACUAUUGGAUCACCACAAGCAUCGUUAGCCGUCCAGAGAAAACUCCACCAGCAACCGCUGUACUCAACUACCACCCGCAUCAUCCACGUAAGCAUCCUCCGACGCCGGCAUCCUCCAAUUUUCGGCCAGAAUGGAACGACACGCGCCACCGUCUUGCACAAAGCGUAGCAAUCAAGGCACGUAAAGGAUUCGCACACGCGCCGCCGGAGAAUUCCGACAAAGUGAUUGUGCUCUUGAAUACACAGAACAAAGUUAACGGAUACAUGCGGUGGUCGGUCAACAACGUUUCCUACCAACACCCUACAACGCCAUAUUUAAUCGCAUUAAAGCAUAAUCUCACAAACGCAUUUGACUGGCGUUUCACGCCGCCAGAGAGGUACGAUUCUAAAAGCUACGACAUAUUCGCGGUACCCUCAAACGCUAACGCAACGAUGAGCGACGGGAUCUACCGCUUGAAGUUCAACUCCACCGUGGACGUGGUUUUACAGAACGCUAAUACGAUGAGCGUUAACAAUAGUGAAACGCACCCGUGGCAUUUACACGGUCAUGAUUUUUGGGUGCUUGGGUAUGGUGAAGGGAAAUUUAAUGAAAUGGAGGAUCCCAAAAGGUAUAAUCUGGUCGACCCGAUUAUGAAAAACACGGUUGCGGUACAACCGUAUGGCUGGACCGCUCUGCGUUUUAGAGCGGAUAAUCCUGGCGUUUGGGCGUUUCAUUGCCAUAUUGAGUCGCAUUUUUUCAUGGGAAUGAGGAUUGUGUUCGCGUCUGGGAUCGAUAGGGUUGCUAAUUUGCCUUCUUCUAUCAUGGGUUGUGGUCAGACUAAACGUUUAGUCUGAUGAUAUGUUUUAUUAAUUUUUGUAAUGCCAAAUAGAUGGAAUUUAUGGAAAUGCUUUCUUGAU